AUGAAGUCUUUCGCUGUCAUCUCUACUCUCAUCGCCGCCGUCGCUGCCGCCUGCGGUGGUGACAACUGCGCCCGUCAGGUCACUGGUACCCGCGAUGGCGUUUCCGCCGUCACCUCCCGCAAGGCCGACUGCUCUAGCUUCCUGCUGACCACCAUUGUCCCCGAUGCUACCACCACCACCAUUACCGUCACCGUCGACCCCGAUGAGCCGACCAAGGCCAAGCGCUUCAACCACGAGGUCCGCGCCGCUACCCAGGUCCCUACUGCCAUUCCCGCCUACGCCUCUGGUUGCGACAGCGCGGCUCGCUACUCGUCCGCUUGCGCCUGCUGGGGUAUUACCGCCAGCGCUACCACCGCUAGCCAGCCCACCAAGACUGUCACUGUCACCGUUACCAGCGACUACUGCGAGGAUCUGUAA